AUGUCAUUUUAUCUAUCUAUCUAUCUAUCUAUUUAUUCUAUUGAUAUCUAUUCAUAUCUAUCUAUCUAUCUAUUAUCUAUCUAUCUAUCUAUAAAAUUUUUUCUUCAUAUCUAUCUAUCUAAGUUUCUUCGAAUCUACCUAACUUUGUUCAUAUCUAAGUUUGUUCAUAACUAUCUAUCUAUCUUUCUUCAUAUCUAUCUAAGUUUGGUCAUAUCUAUCUAUCUAUCUAUCUAUCUAUCUAUCUAUCUAUCUAUCUAUAUUUUAUUUCUAUCUAUCUAUCUUUGCAGUUUUCUAUUUUUACUGUUUUCAUAUCUAUCUAUCUAUCUAUCUAUCUAUCUAUCUAUCUAUCUAUCUAUCUAUCUAUCUAAGAUUGUUCAUAUCUGUCUAAAGGACAUCACUCAACAUCAAACCCCGGAAGGUCUUUCUUGCUUUCCAAAUGCAUUUUCUCCGGGCACCGACUACAAGUGUAGUGAAGAGGGAGAGAAAAAGAGGCAGACUUGUAUCAAUACGUUUUUGGUAGAUCCAACAUCGAAGCUAGUUACUUACGGGCAACGGACAAAUAUUUCUUCGACAGAAGUUAGUCUCGCUGAUUAG